AUGACACUUCAAACUAUAGGGAAUCAUAACCUCAAAAUCGACUUACUUGACAUCAUUCAAGGAAACUAAGGACUAAACAUCUUUACAUCUUUGUCCGAAAAGGUAAGAAUCUAUACCAAGACCUAAUAAACGAACUACACCGCAAGGUGUGCACUAGUUUACAAAGAAUGUCUUAAAAUGCUGUUUAAACUAGGAGUCUUCGAGUCAGACUCAACUAAUGACUAUCAGGAAGUAGAAGCUGAAAGAAUCUACCAAGUUUUGGUGUUGAACCAAAACGAAGUAGCCAAAUGGAUGGAACUACUAGGACCACUAGUACACAUGAUCUUUAUGAACCACUACUCAGAAGAACUUGAAAGCAUUUUCAUCAAACUAUGGAUUACAACAAGAAUUUAUAAGCCAAUCCAGGUGUAGUUGACAGACUCACCAAAAAAGAAGCCAGCUGCAAUCAAGCCAAAUACAGUAAAAGAUUAUGAUGAAGAUAAUAAAGAUGGCUUUAAGUUGAAAAACUUAGCCAUCUCAACAAUCACUGAAUAGAAGCUAACACCAACAGACACAGAGAAGAACAAAUCAGUAAAGUUCUAAACAAGCUAAGAAGGAGUUAUUAAUGAAAGAAUGGAAGCGAUGGAGAGAAUGAUAGAAACACAAAGUAGGGAAACUCACGAACUUUGUGACAGAUUUUUAAAAAUGGAAGAAACUAUCAAUUUAAUGAACAGAACUUAAAAGGACCUGAUCAGAUCGAGAAAUCCGAACAGAUUUUAACGAUAAAAUAUGAAUUAACAACAGCCGUUUAAAUUCAAUUAUAUCAAAAGUCUAUAAGAUGAAACUCAGCUGACCAAUAACAAACCUAACACCAAGUAGUAGCUUCAAGACUGGAACUACUACUAAAGGAAUAGCAAGAGCAACCACCAAAUCUAACAGAAGAAGCAACUAUAAGAAUAGAAGAGAUACUAAGUGAAAUAACAGAAAUAAGCAGAAGCCAAACCAAAAAUCUCUGAUAUAGUUAAGAAAAUUAUUGAAACAAGCUCAGAUGAAGAAAGGAAAACACCACCAAGUAAAAGAACCACCCCAAGGAGCAAGAAAACAUUAGUGUAACAACAAAAAGAAUUUGAAGAAACCCUGCUAAGAGAAAGCAAAAUUGUUGGAAAACCUGAUGAAUAAAAGUUGGUUGAAGAAAACCAAAUUAAUAAAGAAGACUCUGUAGUAGAAGCAACAGUUAAAAUCAAAGAACAACAGAAGCCACCAGAGGAGAUUAUCUCCAUAGAAAAAUAAUAGCCUUCCUAAGAUAAACCCUAAGAACAACCUAAGUAAAAGUCACCCCCAAAGGAAAAAGAAGGCAAGAAAUCGCCCCAAUAACCCUUAAAUAACACUGUGCCAUAGACAAAGAAAGAAGAAACUAAAGAGGAAAAACCCUCUUUAGUAAUACAAGAAGUAAAAAGAAACCCAUUCACCUAAAUCCCUGAAGAAACAUAAUUAAUAGCUAGAAAAACUAUUAAUGAAGAUAAAAAAAUAGUAAUAAAGGAUAACAAAGCAACAAUUAUUCAGACACAUAAGGACCUAUUACUACUGAAAGAUGAAAAACCCCCAGUGUACAGACCAAACUCAUAUCCAUAAGUAGAACCCUGGAUGAGCUAGGCAUUGAAAAAUGCAAUGUAUGAAAGCCUAAAAACCUCCAAUAAAACAGCAAGAGAAGGAACACUAAAGGUAAUAUAUUGGAACAAUAGAGCAGAGGGCAACCUCACAUAUGAAGAUAUAGCAGAAAAAAUAAUGAGAGUGGCCGAAGUGCCAAAAGUUGAUGGUAUCUACUAAUGUGUAGUAAGAAAUACAAGAAAGUAUGACCUAAUGACAUGCAGACUACUAACACAUAUAGAAUUAGCAGAAACAAUGGCAUAAUUCCUAAAAUCAAUAAGAGAAACAGCAGAGGAAACCAAAAACACUAGGAAAGGUAUGCUAACAGAUGAAAUAAUUCGCUAGCUAGAUGACUUAGUAAAACCAGAAUAUUUCAGAGAAAUAACUAAGAAAGUUAAAAAGGACUGUUACUUUAACUUUAUUGCUAUGAUAGUAAACUACAUAAGUACAGAUAAGUCAAGAAAAGCAAUUAUACUUCCAACACUUUACUGGUAAUAUGACCAUUAUAUAGAAGAAGUACCUGAAAUAGGAGACCUAUCCAAAGAAUUAGGAAAGAGAAUAUGUGAAAGAAUAGCCAAAUCAUUAAACUUUGCAGGCAAACCAAUGAACUAAAAAAUCAGACAAGAUAUAUAUGAAAUUAUUGAAGAAGAACAAGAAAUUUAAUGUUCUCAUUAUGAUGAUUAAAUUUUCAGAACAACAAUCACUGUAUGCUAAGAUAUUGAAAGAAACAUGUUUGACAUUAAAGAAUCAGAAUCAGAAAAUGAUGACGAGGACGAUGAUGAUGAUAUUGAUGAUAUACUAAUGUAAGAAUAUCUAAACAAUAGAGAGUUCGACAAUUAAUAGUACUGA